CGUAAACGCGGUUUCUUCUUUCUUCCUGAAACUUUGUAAAGAGGAAGUUUGCUGCCGUUGUCGUGAGUCAGGCCUGGGCCGGGCCCUCACACCUACGCUCCAGACUCCUGAGGAAAAACACAAACUUUGGGCGUUUUCUGACUUUCGCAACGGGCCGGUGGUCACAGGAUAAUAAACCAACAUUUGUUUUAUGCGCCAUAACUUCUUUGUAUGUUCGGCCGAAGAAAUCUCAGCUUAAGCUCAUUUCAUUGCAUUUGAACCUGGACCGUUAGAACAUUUGGAAACAGUGAUUUCAUUUCCCAGAACACACCAGGAAUAAAAAAAAAAAGAGGAAACGCCGUCGGUGGUGGAGUGAUGGGGCACUGACGGAGCAGUGAAGGAGCUCGGGACAGCAACUGCUCCGCCAUGGGGCCUUAGACUGUCCACUUCAGAAGGAGGAGGCCAAACCUGCUGAGACAUCAGGAGUUCUCCUUCUUUCUCAGACGCUGCACUUCGAUCGGCCCAGAAAGGGAACUACAGCAGGAACCACGUGUCGGAUCACAACCACAGAGCCUGAGUCACUGCUGAGAGGAGGAGCGUUCGUGUCCUGCACUGGUGCUGGGAAAAACUCUGAAAGAAACCGAAUCGUGAGGGAGAUGUUCUGGUACCGGUCCAAGACGGUCUGUGGUUUCUGGACAAAGUGCUGUGCGGCGUUGGGUUCGUAGCAUCGGUCAGCUGGAGCAGACAGCACUCAUCCGUCACAGUGGUUUACCUGGAGAUUCCACCAGCAGAGCCCCCAGAUGGCCGGGAAAGACUACCACCACUUGUUCAAGCUGCUCAUCAUCGGAGACUCCAAUGUUGGGAAGAGCAGCCUCCUCCUACGGUUUGCAGACAACUCAUUCUCUGGUAGCUACAUCACCACCAUCGGCGUGGACUUCAAGAUUCGAACAGUGGACAUGGACGGCGAGCGUGUGAAGCUGCAGAUCUGGGACACGGCAGGACAGGAGCGAUUCCGAACCAUCACUUCCACAUACUACAGAAACACACACGGCGUCAUCAUCGUGUACGACGUGACCAACCCCGAGUCCUUCGUCAACGUGAAGAGGUGGUUGAACGAAAUCUCCCAGAACUGUGACAGCGUCUGCAAGAUCCUGGUGGGAAAUAAGAACGACGAUCCAUCCAGGAAACAGGUGGACACCACGGACGCGAUGCAGUUUGGAGAUUCGGUGGGCGUCCGCGUGUUUGAGACCAGCGCCAAGGAGAACAUCAACGUAGAAGAGAUGUUCAUGACUUUCACUCGCAUGGUUCUGAAGGCCAAGAAACAGAGCCAGAACCGAGCAGAGAGGGAGCGGGAGAGAGAGGACACGGUCAACAUCAUCGCCCAGAGGGACCGAGAGCGUCGCAAGAGAGGGAAGAAAUGCUGCUGAGGACCUGAGGGUGGACCUGGGACGCAGCCAGGCUGUCCUUCAGAGACCAGUGUCCAGGCGGCAGAGGACGGAAAUGAUUUGAAAUGGACAGUUCAGCUGUUCUGCAGUGAGAUUCAAUGACAGAUUUAGUCAUUCUCCAUGAACCAAUCAGACUUCAGCUGUAGGCCUGGCUCUAACUGUUACUAUUAUCACUCCUAUAAUUAUCAAAAAAAAAAAUCUGUUCUCAUCUUUAUCUCACUCUUAAUAGAUCAUGGAUGUAAACCUGCGCUAAAAUCACUGAUUUUCUCUAUGGACUUUGGGAGAGUGAGUUUUUAAAAAAAACAAAAACUUUUUUUUUUUUUUUUUAAAGUUGGUAAGUUUGUCCAACACUGAGAUAGUUUUCCCAAAAACUCCAGUGACAGCUGUGUUGGUCAUGCUUUUGGCAGAAGGUGGCGCUAAUAAUGAGCAUCUCAUUUAUCACCACAAACGGCUGAACUGUCCCUUUAGGAAGCCUCAUGACGGGCUGGUCAAAGAGCUUUCUGGAUAACUUUGUCAUCGUCAAAUCUUAAUUUGUAACCUGAUUGACCUUCAGUGUUUGGACUGACAAUCUGUUCAUUUUUAAUAAAUCCAAAGAAGAAGAAACUGUUCAUGGAGCAGGAGCUCUGAGGAGGCGGACCAUCACAUCACAUGACAUCACAUGACAUGACAUCACAUCACAUCACAUGACAUGUAAUCUCACUUAAAGACAAGCUGUGACUCCGACAAAGACACUGGAACUAAAGUGGAUUUAACCUCUGCACUGGCUCGACCACUGUGUGUGACUGUGGGUGUGUGUGUGACUGUGGGUGUGUGUGUGCGUGGUUGUUUGUGCGACUGUGUGAGUGUGAACAGCCUACACCUUGUUGUUUCAUCUCGUGUUUUUAAUAUAAACGUCCUGUUUGUGUGAGAAUCUAAAUAAAGCCGUGAGUCUGUCUGUGUUCACACCAGGAA